AGCGACCGAAACCUGCUAAGUUUACCUGUCAAAAGUAUCGUAGGCGGAUCUGUGGACGUGGAGAUUCGUGUCCAGGACUGGUUUCGAAACCUGCCCGCGUCUAUUCAGUCGGAACCGAGCAAGGAGUUCAUCCACUUUCUACCUUCUUUUGAGACGUUCACGUCUCCUCGGAAAGUCCUGUUUCUUCUUCAUUGAACACGAACGCUGAAACUGUCAAGACGCUUCCGGGUUUAAAGGUUUCAAAGUCAUUAUUUGAUAUAUAUAUAUCUAUAUGUAUAUUCACAAAUCAACAUGGAUAUUGCGAUGCAGACCAUUAAAACCAAUGGAAGCGACGCCGCGGCCCAUCUGAUGACCACCACAGCAGGAAACGGAGACGGUCACGCCUACAGAUGCCCCGACACAGCCGAGACAAGGGGGCUGCUGGGAGCUCAGCACAACGGCCAUAACAGGGAGACGCCGUCUGGACGCGUGGCAGCAUACACCAGUCCUCAGGAGAGCGCCAUGUGCAGGGUGAAAAAAGAGCUGAGCGAGGUGGUCUUCUGGAAAGUGCAACUAUGGAUGGCGGUCGUCAUGCUCUUCAUCCUCGUGGUCGCCGUCGUUCUCAUCUCCCUGGCGGUGUGCGCCGCCGUUCACGAGGACGCGGAUGAGAAGUUCGACCGCUCAACGUUCAGAGUUCCUCGCCUCUUCAACGGUAGCUUCAGUCUUCCAGGGCUGGUCUUCAGCGAGGACCUCCUCAUGGGAUCCUCCAACGAGAGCCAAGCCCUGGCGAGUGUCCUGCAAGGAAAGCUGACAGGCCUCUACAGAUCCUCCCCCGCUCUGGGCCGCUACUUCUCCAAAGCUGAAAUUUACGCUCUCAGGAAUGGCUCAGUCAUUGCCGAGUACCAGCUGACAUUCCUGAUGCCCGAGGAGCACGAGGAGCAGCUGAGGAGCUUCACGCUGAGCAGGGAGAUGGUCUACAACGUACUCCGACAGUUCCUCUGCGAGCAGGACGACCACGCCUCAGGGCCCUUGUACAUCGACCCCGUUUCCCUCAAGUUGUUUUGAAGAGCGACCCGGAGGUGGGUUCUUUUCUUGGUUUCUUUGUGGUUCUCCAGAGUGCAUGUGAUGCAAGUCAUGCAGGAAAACCACACACACACACGUGGCGUAAAACUCAUCUUACAUAUCUUCUGUUGGACGUUUUAGACACGCCACCCUCACCAAGUACCAACAACAGCAUUUAACAGUUGAGCUUUUGUGCAUUGCUGACAAGUAUUAGCGUAUAAAUGUCAUUAUUUGCAUAAACUGUAUGUGUUGGUGUAGACUGCGGGGUUCAAUGUGGGGACACUUCAUUAGGUACACCUGCACAAUGUAAUGUCAACCUGUAGACAAGGUUUUCUCAUAUUUUCAUGACCUUAUUGGGGUAAAUUUGUGCGUCCAUAUAUUAGAAACAGCUCUCAUUAUGACGCAGCGCAUUUCCACACCACUGCAAACUACAAGCACAAAAUUAAACAUUUAAAUACAAGCAUUUGUUAGCAGAAAAAUGUGUCUUUGUGAUGACUUUGGAGAAAUGUUCUAAAUGGAAAAUAUGUAGCAUUAUUUGACAAGCAUUUAAAGUGCUCAUGACACCAAAAAAAAGUUUGAAAAUGAAAGUACUCACUUAACUCGUUCAAUCCCAGCCACUUUUCAACAGACAGUACCGGCCAUUUUAGACCAUGCUCUUUCAAGGCACACAGAGUAUUGUGUUCUAUGGCUAUAUAAACAUAUAACCUACCAAAAGAAAAAUUUGCCUCCCGUCUUUCAAAAUAAAAGACCGGUUAGCUCGUACAAUAGAUCUAGUCAACAAAAUAUGGAUUUACUUAAUGAAACUGACAGAUGGACUGCAAGCUAGAAAGACGAGUGACAGCAAGUCAUGUUUUUAAUUCAAUAUGCGGGCAGUAUGGAAACAGUUGUCCCGCCAGGUUUGCCGACACAUCUGACGAUGCAAAAGGAGUCUUUUAGAAACGUGAACUAUCUUACUCCGUCUCCUCGAGUUUUCCAGCAAGAGCCUUCAAUACAACAAGCGGGCAUAAUAUAAAAUAAUAUAUAACAAACAACGACAACUCAUCCAGAACUGGACCAUAACCACUGAGAAAGCAGCAGAGCGAAGCAGAACUUCCGGGUCUGGUCUGGCGUCAACAUCACUAGCUGCUGCUCCUCCACACCCGGAUGAAGUCACAAAAAUUUGUAAAAAUUGUAAAUAUUUCAAUAUUCGAUCGUAUUGUCUAACAUAGGAAUUUCAUUGUCAUUUUUCAUGGCCGAAAUAACAAGAUGAACAUGUGUUUUGGUGUCAUGAGCCCUUUAAGCAUACUGUACUGUAUAUACGCAAUAGAAUGAUGUUGUAAGUUGGCCGUUAUUAUCUUUUAUAAAUAAAAAAAUAUAUACUUGAUCUCAUUAGAUUGCAGGUGUACCUCGUGUGUAUUUUAAAUAUGAUUUUAUGAUGUUUCCUCACAAUUUGCAAUAAACCUGAAGUAAAUGAUAA